AUGGGUGAACCGACGACAGUGUCGAGAGCGGACGGAUGGAGGCAACGAGUCAACGGAUGGCUCUUCGGCUUCUUUGUUUUAACCUCGUCGUUGUUUGGCACUCUCUACUUUUUUCUUCCCUUCGUUCCACUCAUGUUUCUCGCUCCGCGCAUCUGGCGGCAAUACAUUGAUCGUUUGAGCGGCUAUUGGACCUACGUGACAGCGGGGAUGAUUCGCUUGUUGUUCGGCGUGAAAACCCGGGUGAUCGGGGACAAGAUCGAGGCCGAAGAGAUGGCGCUGUACAUUAUGAAUCAUCGAACAAGUUUGGACUGGCUUUUCUUUUGGAAUGCCCUUUACCAACAAGAUCCACGGCUCACAGAUUCGCAGAAGGUCAUCCUGAAGAGCAGCGAGAAGUAUUUGCCGGGAGGCGGCUGGGCAAUGCAAUGCAAUAGCUUCAUCUUUCUGGAGCGAAACUUCCAGAAGGACAAGAUGAAAAUUCGGCAACUCCUCGACUACUACACGGAUAUUGGCAACAGUUAUCAGCUUCUACUUUUCCCAGAAGGCACGGAUCGAUGCCCGAAAGGGGCGCUCAGAAAUGAGCGAUAUGCGGCUAAAAUGGAUCUAAAGCCUUAUUCGUAUGUGCUUCAUCCGCGAACCAAGGGAUUCGUCUACAUUGUGCAGGAAAUGAGAAGAUCUGGAAAACUGAAGGCAAUCUACGAUAUCACCGUUGGAUACAAGGAUAAAAUCGUGCAGAAGGAGACGGAUAUCGUUUUCGAGGGGCUCGCCCCACAGGAUGUACACUUUCAAAUUAUCCGAAUACCCAUUGAGCAAUUGCCGGACGAUGAUCGACAAUUGGUGGAAUGGAUUGAAAAGAGAUGGGCCAACAAAGAAGAGAAGCUACGACAAUUCUAUGAGGCUCCCCGUGGAGAAACUUUUGAGAAUACACCGCAAGGAGCAGAAUAUGAGUUGACGCCCGACGCGGAACGAAUGAGCAGUUUGGGUAUCAUCGCUUGUGCUGGCGGGACCGUGUUGUGGAUGCUCGGCUUGCUGCCGUUCUCGUCGAUGUUCUCGUGGUUCUCAUUCUGUGGUGUCCUGUUCUACCUGAUUGUGCCCGUUUUGUUUGGCGGUGUCGAAUUUUUGGCCAUUGAGGGACUCCGUUUCUCGAAAGGGUGGACUAAGCAAAAGCGAGCCGAC